GUCACCAGGAAGAGGUGUUUGUUUACGGAAGUAAUGUUCUUUUAUUAUUUAUUUUAAACAAUACUGUUACAGGACCGAAUCCUGCAAUAAUUAAUUAAGCACAAAGUAAUUGAAGGAGUUAGGGAAAUGAUCCGGAAACGGCAAAGAGGAGAUGGGACAGCGUCGCACUUUUUAGGCAUGAGAGAAAAAGCAGCUCCUCCACCUGCUCAAUCCCAGUUCCACCUGGACCUCUGGUUCUCUUUCACUGUGCAGAACUGGAUCCUGGACUUCGGCAGGCCGAUAGUGAUGAUUAUUUUGCCUCUGGAAUGGUUUCCCCUGAACAAGCCGAGUGCUGGAGAUUACUUCCACAUGGCCUACAACGUCAUUACACCGUUUUUGCUGCUCAAACUGAUGGAGAGAAGUCCUACCACGCUGCCACGCACUGCAGUAUACCUGAGUAUUAUUACAUUUGUCAUGGGUGCCAGCAUCCACCUGGUGGGAGACUCCAUCAACCACAGGCUAAUCCUCAGCGGCUACCAGCUCCACCUGUCUGUCCGAGACAACCCCAUCAUGAAGGACCUCAAUCCUCCCUCUCUGAUUGACUCGUUCGAGCUGCUUUAUUACUAUGAUGAGCAUCUAGGACACUCCAUGUGGUAUGUUCCGUUCUUCCUCAUCCUCUUCCUCUACUUCACCGGCUGCUUCACACAAUCCAAAGAGGAGAAGAUGCCACACUCGGGUUGGCUUCUGCUGGGUCCUAGUGCUCUCUAUUACUGGUACCUUGUGACUGAAGGACAGAUUUUUGUCCUCUACGUCUUCACGUUCUUUGCCAUGGCCGCCACAGUCAUGCGUCAAAAACAAAAAGGCUACGUGCUGGACAGUAAUGGUCGCUUCCUGCUUUACAACUUUAUCAUUACUCUGGUCCUGGUGAUUGCUUGGGUUGUCUACCUGUGGAAUGACAGCGUCCUGCGCAAAAAAUACCCCGGUAUCAUUUACGUACCGGAACCGUGGUCUUAUUACACAUUACAUAUCAAGGGCAGUUAGUAGGAGAUAACAGGUACAUGGUUAAGAGUCAUGUUGUUGCAGUGAAACAUCGUCUUGAAGUGGUUUAAAGUGGUUUAUGAGAGGAGAGUGACCUGUAAUAAAGAAGUGUGAUAUAAUAAAUGGAAAGAUUAUGUUCCACGUUAACGUAAUUAUUAAAGGAGCAGUAAGCAGUAUUUUUAAACUUUGCUUGCAUUGGGAUAAAUAAUAAUUAUAAUAAGUAUAUAAUAGUUAAUAUAAUAAUAAAUUCAGAUAAGUUAUUUGGUCACUGUCACAAAGCAGCUUUGCAGAAUCAAAAGAAAAUUAUGGAAGUGUAUGAAAUAUUUCGAAUGCAAGCAGAAGGUUCCUUAUUGCUACCUUGUACUCUGAUUAGUAUUUCAGCAAGCGGUUAUUUAUCCUAAAGAUGAACAGCUCUUUAUUUUUGUACUGUUGCAAAGAUUGCAGAAAAUCAGCUUCUGUAAAAAGUUCCUGAGUAAAACAAUUCACAAUUGCCUCCAGUUUUUGUUUUUUAAUUAGUAUAUCAAUAUUGAUCACUUGCAAAACUUCACAGCACCAAAAUAAAAGAAUUUGCAAAGAACCGUUAAAGAGGUCAAGCCUUUGCAUUCAUCCUUGCAAUGAUAAGACAAAUAAAUUUUUAUUUUAAAAUAAUUACAGAAUGAAUAUCAUUAAAUAAUGUUUAAUCACAUUUAGAUAGAAAGUAGCAAACUUUUAUAUAAUUGAUAUGAUCACUUGAUGUUUUUGUUGUUGCUUGUUCUUACUUAAGGAACAGGGAAAGUGACUAGUAUUAAUUACACUCAGUAAGUUAAGGGUGUGCAAACUUUUAAAUGCAACUCGAGCGUAGCUAAAGGCAAUCAUCAGUAAGUUUUAUUGUGCUGUGUUCUGUGUGUAGAUGUGUGGUUUAAUGUAGUUUUACAGAUCAUUGUUCAGAGAAAUGAAUUAUUCCUGUGGUGUGUUUUGUUGAGAUCUUUGUUUUACCCUUAACACUCAAUUAUAUUUUUUGUUGCAACUCCUGGGUCGAGGGUUCGAUUCCCAUCUCCAGUCGGUGGAGUUGGCAUGUUCUCCCUGUGCUUGAGUUUUCUUCUGGUUACUCUGUUUUCCUUUUAAAGUCCAAAGACAUGGAAAUUAGUAUAACUGGCAUUUCCAAAUUACCACUGUGACCCUGUACACAGGACAGAGAUAUAUAGAGGAGAGGAGCAGUAUAACUAAAUGAAUUGUAUAUAUAUAUAUAAAAAAAAAAAAAAUUCCCCAGUAAUUUAUAUUCAUCUAUAUAGGAGAUAAAUUAGUGAAUGAAUGAAUAAUAUUUUAUAGGUUAUGUUUUGAGAAGUGUAACUAUUAUUCUUGUUAUUCUUUAGAAUUGUUCAUGCACAUUCACUGUUGUCAAAUGAUUAUAGUUUUUGCAGAAUGUUUUAUUAAAAGAAGCGUACUGUAGUGCUGUACUGUAAUGUAAUAAACUGUGUUAUGAAUUUUUAUUGAUCCAUGAUGACAACUAUUUGUGGAUAAAUGUUUAUCUAUGGGUACUUACAAUAAAUCUACACACCCGUGAUAAUACAGUAGGAAGAAUGUGAUGUAAAACCAAUUUAAGUAUUGUCAGAUUUUUUCACCUUUAAUGUGAUACAGCAACAAAGUAUUACAGUAUAAAAAAAUAAAAACAAAGAAUAGACAAUUACUGGCAUUUCCAAAUUAUGUGAAAAAGUUUAUACCUUUUAACGAAGUGUCUGUAGAUUAAAAUGUUUUAUAUCCAGUGUAUUUUCUUCAUCUUAUAUUAGUAAUUUUUUUAUACCAUAAAAAUCUUGUUAUACCAUAAAAAUCUUGUUAUAAAAAAACUGAUCUUGAAUGUAUUGUGUAUGUAAGUUAUGUGUGUUACAUUUCCUACAAUCCUUCUGUCAUCUAAUUAAUACCCUCUUUGUAAUUGUCUAAGUACCGUGUUUUAGCCGUAUGUACUUUCCC